AGGGUGAAACUUCUCAAAGGAUAAACAGAGAGGAGAGCAAAAUGGAAAGUCAUAGUGCAGUUAUGAAGGUCAUGCGUGGUUAAUGUCUUGAGACCUAAUUUCAGCACUAUGCCAAGCCCCACUAACACAGGCCUACACCACUUCAUUUGGGAAUGAUCAAGGGCAAAGACACACAGUCUGAAGCUUUUGCGCCAAAUUUCCUCCACGUUUCUCUUUUUGGGAAAUGAACAAAUCCACUUUGAGAGUCAGUCCUUGAAAUAAAGCAUUUUCUAAGAGCAGCUGAGUAGAGGACAGGAUGAGCAGAGGACAGACUGAGGUCCUGGGGCUGCUGAUAGCACUGACAAGCCAGCUGCUGCUAAUCGCUGCUGCUGGAAAGGACUGUUGGAGGCAUGGAGCUAAGGAUCAGCUGACCUCAGUAGGCCUGAGCUCCCGUUGUCGAGGCCUGUGGGGGGAGUGUGUUCAUGACAGCCUGGUUGGCCUGAGGACAUGUGAUGUGUCAGUGUCUUACAUGGAACAUCUGCCAGCUGAUUUGUUGGCCAUGCGAAUAGCAUUGCUGGGGAUGUGCGUUCUGUCUUUGGUCUCCAUCCUGAUCUCGAUACCCGGCCUGAGGUGCACUACAUUGAUCCCCAGUGUGCUGGCUCAGGGCAGGCUGCUGCUGAUCUCUGGCGUCCUCUGUCUGUGUGGAGGUGUGUGUGGUGCAGCUGGCCUGUUGUGGUAUGGGGUGGAGACUUACACCAGAUACAGAGAGGAGGUGACUCUGGGGAUGCCAGGAAUUACAUUUGAGUUUGGGCUCUCGUACUGGUUGAUGGUGGGAAGUGUGUUCUGCUCUCUUCCCUCAGCUGUUUUGACAAUCAGGAGUGUGUCUCACAUCAGUGAUUCCUUCAGGAUGCGACUCGAUCACAGUCAGCCGGCCCAAACCAACACCAUCAUGUCGCCACAGUCUACCUUAAACUGCAAGACUUACAUUUAAAGCUU